AUGGAAUGCAACAUUUUGGAAGACGAUGCCUAUAAUAUUAGGACACCGAAAAUAAUAAAUAAAGAAAGUUCUACUGAAAAAAAUUAUUCCGAAGACGACAAAAAUACGUCUUGUUAUGUUAGUUAUUCGUCGGUAGGUGACGAUGGAUAUUUAGAUGUAGAAUAUGAAAAUAUUCAAAACCCCAAAGAUUCUCACACAUUUAAUUACAAUGACCGUAUAUAUAAUAAUAAAAAUAAUAAUAACUAUGUCCGUGAUAAAAAUAUAGCUAGUUAUAGUGACGGAAUUAACUACAAUACUAAUAUAAUGAGUGAUAGCAAUGUGAAUAAUAACAAUGGGACAAAUAAUUUUGUGAAUAAUCCGAAUAGUCAAGUUGAUUGCAAUUCUUUGAUGAAUUUUUAUUCGAAUGAAAAUGGAUGUUUAAAUAAUAAUGGUGAAUCAUGUGAUAUGAAUGUUUUAAAAAAUCAUAAAAAUUGCAUAGACAACAAUAAAAAUCAUGAUGAUUACAAAUGUGCAAGUUUAAAACAAUGGACCCCAGAUAAUAUUACAACAUCUAAUAAUAAUUUAAAUGCGCGUUCUAAAAAAAAUAACGAAAAAAAAAAUUCUGAAGGUCAUUUUUUUAGUGUAUUAACCAGAUUUAAAAAAAGCAUAAAAGAUAAUGUUAUUGGAAAAAAUAUAUGGAAUAACCCCAAUUCAGGUAUUAAGUAUACAGAUGAAGAUUGUUCAAAAUUAUGUGUGAAUUUCCAAGAAAAUAUUUCUGGAGUUAACGAAAAUGCUGGGGAAUAUAAUUCAUUAAAUGCUUCUAACAUUUCUGACGAAAAUAAAAAUGAAAAUUCAAUUUUGAAAAUUAAUCAAAAUGAUUUUAAUAAUUUAAAUAAAUCCAAUCAAAAUUAUUUAUAUAAUUCUAAUUCAAAUUUAGUUUUUUAUGAAACGAACAAGAACAAUAACAAAAUUAUAUCAAAUGAUUGUAAUAAUAAUAAUGAGUUGAGUCCUAAUAAAAAAAAAUUGUAUAAAAAAAUAAAUGAAUAUAAAAAAAAUAAUGAAUCCAAAUCCGAGCCUAAUAAUUUCAUUCAUUGUAGUAAUUUCAACAACUUGAUAGAGGAACAAAUUUACAAUAAUGUUGAUUAUAAUUAUAUUCUUAAAAAUAAAAGUGGAGAUAAUUUUGAAUCAAUUGACAUUCCUUUCUCUGAUGAGAAAAAUUAUUCCACUGGAAAAAAUGAUCCUAACUAUAUACGAAAAAAAAAAUAUAUAAAUAGCAAUACAGAUAUAUCACAAAACUAUAAAGAAUGCUAUCAAAAUCAUAGUGGUAAGGAUGAUUAUGAAGAAGAUCAAGAUAAUUCAAAUCAAAUGAGUGAUCGAAGUGGUUUUUUAAACAAAUAUUGUAAUGGGGAACUUAAUAGAAAAGUAAAUGAUGUUAAUUUAUUAAAAUUUUUGUUACACUAUAAGAAAAAUAAAGGAUCUAAAUCACAUGGAAUGGAAGAUAAAAUCAUUGAUAACUUAAUUAGUUAUAAAAAGAAAAAGCAAAAUAAUUCAUUAGAAAAAAAUUUAAUAAAUACAUGUUCUAAAUGUAUAGACGAAAUGCAAUUAUCAAGUUAUCCAUUUUUAUGUUUUGAAUGUCUUAUUAAACAAAUUAACAUGAGAAAACAAAAACAAAAAAAAAAAAAUAUUUGUGAACCCGAAUAUGUGAAUAAUGAUUUAAAAAAUAUUAAUACAUAUAUUUUUAAUUUUUUUAAACAAGUUGAUAAAUUAAAAUUGAAAUUCAAAAUGGAUGAUGAAGAAAUAGUAUUUAUGUUUAGUGAAUUAAGAAAAUGUAAUUUAUGGAAAUCAGAAAAAAAUAUGUGUAAAAUUUUUAUUAACAUUUUUAAAAAUAAUAUUGUUGAAAAUAAUGAUUUGCUUGAAAGCAAAUUUUUAAAAAAUUUUUUUAAAGAAAAUUAUGAAAAAUUUUUAAAUAAUACUGAUAAAGAACAAUUGGAGUAUAUUCUCAACAACGGGCAUAUUUCAUAUGAUAGUGAUUAUAAAACUAUAGUUCAUAAAUUUUCUAAAUUUAAUAAAAUCAAACAAGUAAAAAAAAUAUUUUGUAAUGAUGAUGAAGAAUAUAUAGAUACAGGUGUUGAUCAAUGCAAGGAAAACGAUUUUAAAGGAAAUGAAGAAAAUUUAAAUACAUCCAGUCAUAGUUAUCAAAAUUAUAACGAACAAAAAUGGAAAAAUACUAAAUAUAUUUUUAUUAAAUAUUUAAAAAAAGGAAAAAAUAUUUCACAUCAUAUAAUAAUAUGCAAUAAUAAUACAAUUUUAAAUAAAAAAAAACAAGUUAUUAAAUAUAUACAUAAAAUAAAAUAUAUUUGCAAAUAUUUUUUUAAAAUUGGAAAUCGCCAUUAUUAUAGUUCUAUUUUUACAAAUUCAUUAAAAUUAUUAAAAAAAAAUAAAAGUAAUGAUAUCUAUAUAUGUAAAUGGAAAUAUAGUUUAAAAAAUAUUAUCAAAGAAAAUAUAUUAAAUAUUAGUAAUAAUAAUAAUAAUAAUGAAAAAUAUGAGGAAUUUAUUUAUUCUAGUGAUAAAUAUUUUGAAAAUGAAGAUAUUUUUUUUAUUAAUAAUCUUAUUGGUAAACUAAUUAAUGAAAAUAAUCAAAUUAGAGCUUCAAAUAUUAUUUAUGAAAAUAUACCAAACAAAAGGAAAUAUUAUAACAAUGAAAUUUCCUCUCCUAAAUUUGAAAAGAAACGAUUUGUUAGUUUUGAUCAAAAUCUUAUAUUACAGCAUCCUAAUAAAAACACAAACGAUUUUAUUGAAAAUAGUUGUGAAAACAUUGACAAAAUGAAAUAUCCAAAUGAAGACAAUAAAAACAUUAGUGAUAAUAAAACUAGAAAUCUAUAUUAUUACGAAGAUAGUGAUACAGAUAAAAACAACAUAGAGGAAAACCAAACAGAAAAUGAUAUAAACAGUGAUAUUUUAAGCGAAAAUGAUAUAAAUAAAAAUUUUAGAAAUGAUAACGAAUCCUCAUGUGAUUAUAUAGAAUGUGAUGACUCAGCUUGUGAUUCUGAAGUCAGAAAAAAAAAACGUAAGGUAGGAAAACAUAAUAUAAAUAGUGAUUGUAAUGAUAUUAUUAUGGUAAACAGAAACUUAAAUAAAUAUUUAAACGAUAUAAAUAAUGGAAUGAAUAUAAAUAGAAACGAAAAUAUGAAUAACAUUAAUAUUGGAAACAAUGCAAAUUAUUGUAUAGAACGCCAUAAACAAAUAGAAAGUAUUAUUUGUCAAUUACCAAAUAUAAUAACUCAAAAAAUUAUACCUCCUCUUAGUAUGCCAUUAAAUAAAAAAUGGACAAAUUUAUUUUAUGAAUUAAGAAAUAAUGAUUUUGUAAAUAUACAAAAUAUAGAUUAUUACAAAUUAUUUAUGAUAACAAAAAGCAUAUCAGAUAUAUUUAUUAAUAGAAAUUCUGUUUUUGACAUUCAAAGUAUAAUUAAUUCGAAAGAUGUUUUUUCCGAAAAUACAAGACUUAAUAAUAAAAUUGGGAAUACUAUGAACACAUUAGGCAAUCGUAACAAUGUACAAAUAAAACACAAAAAAAAUAAUGAAAUUAUCGAAUUAUAUAUUCCUAAUUUUUGGAGAACUGCGAAAAGUGUAAAUGAAAUUAAAUCAAUUAGUACAGGAAAUUCUGAUGAUUUUUAUUUCAAAUUAUUAGUACAUCCUAGAGGAAAUUCAAAUGAAGAUAAUUAUAUAUCAAUUUAUUUAGAAGUAAUAAAACAAGAUUUUUAUCCACCAGAUUGGGUUUUUCCAAAUGUUCGAUUUCAAUUAACUGUUCAUAAUUUUAAAUCAAAAAAAAAUUCAAUUUCUUCAUGGGCUUAUUGGUCCUUUACAAACAAUUCAUUAUCUAGAGGGUGGCAAAAAAUGAUAAGCCAUUCGAAAAUAAAUAAAUCAUCCGGCUUUUUAGAUGACAAUGGUGGAUUAUUAAUUAAAGGAAAAGCAGAAAGGUCUUUUAAAAACUUAUGGUCUAAAUCUAUUCAAUACACACCUCAAUAUAUAUGGAGUUAUAUACCAGAAAAAUUGUUUGCGAAUUUUGAAAAUGAUAUGUUUCUUCAAUUCUUAUUUAAAAAAUAUUUUUUUGAAACUUGCUCAUGCCAAAAUACAAAUAAUAAUAAUAAUUAUUAUAAUAUUUUAAAUGACAAAAAUAUUUAUGAAAAUUCAAUAGAAGAAGAUGUUUUAGAAUAUAUUAAAAAUUACAUGUAUAAUAGAUAUGCAAUAGAUAUUUAUAAUUUUUCUCUAUUCUGGUCUCCAGAAUUUAUUAAGAAAUUUCUUGUAAAUGAUUCAAACAAAUUCGAAAAAUAUCAACACUCUUUUUAUACAAAUGUUAAACAUAUAAUUGAAAAUACAUUUUUGAAAACAGAUAAAGAAGUUGUAUAUCCUAAUAAUGAUCAAAAUUAUUACAUACAAGAUACACAAAACGAUCAAAUGGAAAAUUCGGAAAAUGAUAAAAACAAAUAUAAUAGUAUAAAUGUAUAUGACAAUUUAAUAAAACAAAAUAAUUUAAACGAUUUAAAAAUAAUUUCACGUGAUGAGUCACAAAAACGUGAAACAUUCUUAAAUAAUGAUUUAUAUAUAGAUGACAGAAAACAUAUAUUAUCUUUAACUAACUACAUUGUACCUAUUAUUGAAUCAUUUAAUGAUAAUGAUAAUUUAACUAUUUUAGUAAAUUGCUUAUAUAAUAUCGAAUUAUUUAGAAUUGUAAUUUUGAAAUAUAAUGCUAAUUUAUAUAAUAGACUUUUAAGAAAAUAUAUUAGGAAAAAAAAAACCGAAAAAAUAUUUAAAUUUAAUUAUAUUAUGGAUAAAUAUCAAAUAGAAGAAAACAAUUCAGCAUAUGAUAUUUUAUAUAGAAUAAAAGAAUAUAAUAAAAAAUCAAAAAAAAAUAUAUAUUUAUAUGAUCAUGAUGAAUUUAAAAAAACUAUUUUAUUUAAAUUAGAAUUAAUUUAUGAUAGGGUUCGUUAUUUUCUUGUAUAUUUAGACGAUAAAGUUAAAAACUUAAUUAACAUAAGUCUUCAUAAUAAUAUAUUUGUAGAUGGAAAUCCAAAAUACACUGACCAUACAUAUGCUUUUUUUAAUAUUGGAAAUAUUAUUAAUAUAAAUUCUAUAAAAAGUUAUAAAAUAGAGGAAUCAAAUAGCUAUAUUAUAGAUUUGAAUAAAUAUAUAGAAUAUAUUAAUAAAAUCAUUACUGUUUUAAAUAUUAAUAUUAAUCAUAUAAGUAAAAAGGGAUUCAGUAUAAAUUAUAUGUGUAAUGCUGAUAAAAUAAAAGUUUCUAUAUAUAAUAUAAAUAGUAAUAUUGAGGAAGUUAAUGUAAUUAUAGCAAAUAUUGAACACGCGGAUAAUGUCAGUUUAUUAAAAAAUCAAGACGGAAAUAUGGCUACAUUUACAAACAAUACAGAUAAUGUCAAAUCAGACAUGAAAAAUGGAGUUAAUCUUUCAGGUGAUAAUUCAAUAAAAUCAAAUGAAGUUCAAAGUAUAAAGAAAAAAAUUUUCGAAAAAAAUGAAAAAUAUAAUUUUAAAAGUUAUUUAAAAUUGAUUGAACCUAAUUUAAUUGAUGAUCCAAAUGAAUUAAAGAAUAUAUCUUAUCGAUAUAGUAACGAUAUGAAAUCAUUUAAUAUGUUUGAAUAUUUUAGAAAAAAUAAUAAAAAUGUUAUAAUAGCUUUACAAAGAAUUUUUAUAUGUAUGCAAAUGUAUUCCUUAGUUUUGUGCGCUAAAAAAGGAAAAGAAUUUUUUGACAAAAAUAUGUCAAGUAAUUUUGAUCAAUCAUUUUUUAAAGAAAAAGAAAAUUCAAAUGUUUUUUGUGAUUGUAAGAAAAAAUACUAUCAAAAUAAAUUUGACAUUUCAGAAAAUUAUAAAAAAAGAGAAAGUAAUAAUUUUUAUCCAAAUUGUCAAGAAUCUCUUCAAAAAAACUCAUUCACAUCUACAAUUGCCACAGCAGUUGAAGGGGGAAAAGGAAAUGCAAUUCCAAGCAACACAACGUUGGCAAAUGAUAUAAGAAAUGCUGAAGGGAAUACUUUAUUUUAUCAAAAUUAUAAUAAUGCAUAUAACAAUGAAAAUGAACCAAUUGUGAAAAAAUCAGAAAAUAACACUGUCCCAUGUGUGUGUGUGAAUAAUAUUCAAGAAGGAGAAAAACAUAUAAUGAUAAAUAAUGAAGAUGCUAUAUGUUUAAAUAAUAAAAAUAAUAUGGGUAACUGUAUUAAUUGCAGUGAAAAUAUGAAUGAACUUGACUUUUUUAAUUAUAAUAAUUCGAAAGAAUUAAAUGAUGAUAAUAUAAAAUAUUUUUCUAAUUUAGAAAUACAUAAAAAAAUGUGCCUAUAUUAUUACAAAAGUACACUUUUUUAUAAUAAUGUAUAUUCAGAAGAUAACCAAGAUAAUUAUAGUUUUAGUAGCAACAAAAAUAAUAAAUUAGCUAGUGUAGAUUCUACAGGAAAAAGUAGUUCUGAUGAGUUUUAUAAUUCUAAUAAUAUGACAUAUCCUACUUUAAAUAUAUAUAAUAAGGAGGAUAAUUAUUUAAAUUUAUUUAAGCCUUUAUUACCUAAUAUCAAACCUUUAUUAUUCAGUUUAAAUAAAAUAUUGUUUAAUCAUUAUAGAUGUAAUGAACCCAUGAAUACAAUACAUGAACAGCUAUUCAAUCAUAUUGUUUGUGAUAUAGCAAAGGAUAAAAUUAAGUUAAACAGAAAAAUUAAGGAAAUAAAAAAAAAAUAUAUACCAAACAAUGAAAAUUGUAAUUUAUGUAAAUGUAAUAAUUUCUCAAAACAAGAAAAUAAUAAAAUUGAUAACAAAAACUGUAACAAUAUGGAUUACCCACGAAAUUCGAAACAAUACAGAAAAGCGAAGAUAAAAAUAAAGCAUUUAAUUGAAGAUUUGGAAAAUAUAAGAGCAUUUGAAAAAAUAUGUUAUGAACUAUUUAAUUUAAAAAAUAAAUCUGAAACUGAAACAUAUAGCAGUGAUAUUAAUAAAUGUGAUAUGAUGAGUGAUUAUAAUGAAGGUCAACAUUUUAACAGUAAUAAUGAUAGUAAUAAUUACAAUAGUUUAAAAAAAUCCUUAAAAAAUAAACAAACAAAAAUAGGGGCAAAAAAUUCUACUGAUAUGAAUGAACCAAAAGCAGGAAAACAAAAUGAAAACGAUCAAAAUAUAUCAAGCCAAAAUAAAACAGAAAAAAGUCAAAAGGAAUAUAAUAAAACUCAAGAAUAUAACAUUUUCACACCAAACCAAGGUAAUGAACAUAAAAAUGGUAAUAAUAAUAUUGACAAUUCUAGUGAAAAUGUUGAAAAUAGUGGUAAUGGUGGAACAUCUGAGACUAUGAAUAAUAAUAAUAUUAACAAUAUUUCAUAUUUUAGAAAAGAAUCAGAUAAUAAUUACCUUAACAAAAAUAAAAAUAUUGAUGAUUUGAUUCGUAGUAUAAUUAACAAAAAAAAAAAAAGUUUUUAUAAAAAUUUUAUUACAUGCGAAAAAGAUAUAUAUAAAACUAUAGAAAAAUCAUCAUUUACUGAAAUUCCAUAUGUACUAUUUUUUUAUAUGAAUUGUUUUAAAAAUUUGAAAAGAGGAGAGUUAGUUGAUAUUCCUUUAUAUCUUGACAUUUAUGAAGACAAAGAAAAUGAUGAAGUAAUAAGUAACUGUAAAAAUGGAAAUAUACAAAAUUUUGUUCAUAACAAUUGCAAUAGUAGUAAAGAAGAUAAAGGAUUAUACUACUUUGGAAUAAAAAAAAACAUCAGAAAAAAAAGUCGAAAUGAUGAUUUUAACGAAGAAGACAUAAUUACUUAUCAUUUAUAUGCUCUUGUCAUUUCUGAAAAUAAAGAUAUUAACAAUAUGUCUAUGCCAAAUUACAAUAAGCUCAAUGAUUUAGAAUUAAAUACAAUCAAUGAUUUUAAUUUUAACUCAUAUUCAUAUUUAAUUUUAAGACCAUAUAUAAAAGGACCAUGGUAUAAGAUAUAUAAAAAUAGAAUAACAAAAUUAAUACAAAAAUGUGAAUUUAACGAAUGGAAAUGCCACAAAGAUUUUUAUUGUUCUUCAUGUAUAUAUAUAAGUGAAAGUUAUUAUGAUAAAAACAAUAAAUAUUUUUUAAAACAAUAUAAUAUUAAAGAUAUUAAUUUUCCAUUAUAUAUACAUACCUUAAAAGAAUUUGAUAUCGAAGAAAAGGAUAUAUACGAUUUUAAUAAAAAAUUAAAUACAAAUGUUAAUACUUUGUUACUUGAUAAAAAUUAUGAAAAAACAGAUGAUGAAUUAGUUUAUGAACUUAGAAAAAUGGAAAAUAUCACUUUUCCAAAACCAAUAAAUCCACAUAUUUCUAAUCAAAGUAAAACAAUAUUACAAAUUGGUAAUAAAUAUAGAAAUGAAUACAAAAAAUAUGAAACUAAUCCACAAAAUCAAAGUGAUCAUAUUUACUCUGAUCAUGAAACUGAACAAAGUUUUUCUCAAUCAAAUAAAAGCUAUAUUGAUAAUACAUAUAUAAAUAGAUCAUAUUAUUUUCCUUAUAUAAAAGAUGAACAAGAUUUAGUAAUGAAUUGUUUAAAUGUUCAUCAUAAAAUAAUGAUUAAUAUUAAAGAAGAAUUAUUUGAAGAUAUUAUAAAAAUUAAUAAUAAUAAUAAUUUAUGCUAUACUAGUUUUAAUGAUAAAAAAGCAGAAAUGGGAAUUGUUCUUAAUAAAAAUACUAGCAGAUUAAAAUAUAAUAGACAUUUUUAUGAUUUAAAAAAUAUCGUAAGAGCUUAUAAAAAAUUUGAAGAUAAUAAUGAUUAUAUUUCUAACUCACCAAACAGUAAUAUGGCAACUGAAUUAAAAAAAAUAAGUGAUAUUUCAAAAGGUUUUUUUUUAUCAGAUAAUGCAAUGUCAAUAUAUGAAACAUGUCAAAAAAAUUCUCAACCAUAUCAGAAACCAUCUGAAUUUUUUUAUUGUGCUAGAAAAGGAACAAGGGUUAUAAAAAAACAUCAAACAAAUGAGUUUAAAAUAAAAAAAUCUCCAAAUAGGGUAAUGGAUAUAAAUAAUGAAAAUAGAAACAAUAACAAUAGUGCUAUUAAUUAUAAAUUGAAUAUUAAAGAAAUGUCUAAAAAUGAGGAAACUAAUAAAAAUACUAAUAAAAUUUUUAAAUAUAAUUAUAACAAAAUUAAGAAAGUAUAUCGAAGAAGAUACAUAGAACGCCGAUACAAAAAUUCAUAUAUAAAUGAACGAAUGCCUUUUAGAAAUUCGAACGAAUAUUCAUGUAUUAAUAAAGAUAAAAUAAAAUAUCAAGGAAUAACUAUUUCAUAUGAUAUUCAAAAAUAUAGAAAUAAGUAUAACACAAAAAAAAAAUAUAGAAAAAUAAAUAAUGGAAUAGUAACAAAUUUAACUAGUGGCAAAUAUUUUACACAACUAGAGAGUUUAUUAAACAUAAAUAUACAAAGUAAAAAUUUCAACAAUCUUGAUAAGAAUGUUCGACUUUGUAUAAAUAAUCCAUUUAAUAUUGAACUGAAUAAUAUAUUUUAUAACUUUUUUAGGGAAAAAAUAAAUAUGAACAACAUUAAGAAAAACUAUUAUAAAAAUGAAGACAAAUUAGAAUUACAUAGAUAUUAUAUUAAAACAUGUUUAAAUAUGUUUAAAUCUUUUUUUCAUGAAUAUUUCUAUAUAAAUUUUACAAAUAGUAAUGAAUUAAAAAAGAAGAAAAAAAAUACAUACAAAAACUUUUGUAUUGCUUUAUCAGAUAUUUUUUUUAAUAAUUUAAGUUUUAAUGCAGAAGAGGAUUGUGAUAAUUUUGAUUAUAUACAAGGUGGAGUAGCAGUAUACGAAUUUUAUUCAGAUCGAUUUAAAAAAUUAAAAAUUUUGUUAAAAAAAAUAUUUAUGUAUUUAAAUAUUAUUUUCAGAAUAAUUAAAUAUAUACAAUUGAAAAAAUUACUAUUUAAUGAAAGCUUUGAUUUACACACUUGCAAAAUACAUGAUGUAUUUUUCUUUAACUUUUUAUAUUUUUUUUACAACAAAUACUCAAAAAAUUGUCAAGAAAAAUAUAUUAAAAAAUUAUGCACACGUUUUUCUGUGAAUAUCAAAGAAAUAAAUUCUACUAUUAAAAAUAAAAUAACUGCAUCAAAGGACCAUAAUUUUGAUUUUUUGGAUUUUUUUGAAAAUUUAUUUUUAGAAACAGGAGAAAAUAUUAAGAAAAAUGAACAAGUAGAAAAAAAAGAGAAAGGUGUGUCUACACAAUUUACUACACCAAAUUUAACUUUUAAAAAGCUUAAAAUAUUAAAUAGUGAACAAAAUAAUUUAAAAAAUCUAUUUUCCUUUUGUACAUGUAUUACAGAUGAUAAAAAAAAAAACAUGUUUUUUGAAACAGAGAAUCACAACAUCGAUUGUGUAUUUAGAUAUAUAUCAUUCAAUUUGCAUGAAGACAUAAAAUAUUUAAAAAAUAAAAAUAAAGAUUUUAACAAAAAAAUGAAUUAUAUAAAAAAUAAUCAAAAAGAAAAAAAUAUAAUAAAUUUAAACGAUAAUAAUCAUGUUAACAAUUAUAUAAACAACAUUUUAAAUUCAGAGAAUGAUAUGAAACCUAAACAAUUGGAAGUUUUUAUAUUAAAUUUAUUGAAUAAGAAAAAAAAAACAUGUAUUUUAUGCUAUUGUAUACGUAGAUAUUAUUUAAGAUUUUUAAAAAAAUUACAAAAAAAUAUAACUUUUGAUAUAUUAGAUAAACAAAUUAAUUAUAUCUUUGACAAUAACUAUUUAGGAGUAAUCGAUUUAUAUAAUAAAAAUAUUAUUGGCUCAAAUAAUAAUAUAUAUUCAAAUAAAAGAAGCCACUAUAAUAAUAAACAUCAACUUUGCAAUUGUUCAAGUAUUUUUAAUUAUAUAAAUCAGGAUGCAAUCGAAGCAUGUAUAACAUAUUUAUUACAAAUGUUAUGGAAACAUUAUGUAUGCGAUAUUUUAUCUAUUCCAAAUGAAUUAGAACAAUUUUAUGAUAAUUUAACAAAAAAAAAAAAAAAAAAAAAAAAUAAAAAUGCAAAAGAUGAUAAAGGGGCAAACUUUAUUAAAUAUCUCAAAGACGAAACAAAAAACAAUUCUACAAAUCAACACUUUUCUAAUAGUGAUAUUAACGAUUCUUUAGUUCAUAAUAAUGAAGAUACUCAUGAAAAAAAUUCCAACAAUAAUUUAUUACUUUCAAAUUUUCAGUUCAUUGAUAUUAAUGAUAUAAAGAAAAAAAUAUCUUCUUUGGAUAUUCCUCAAACUUCAAUUACUAUUGAAUCCGAAAACGGUGAUAAAACUAAUGCACUAACAACAAAAAUUCCUUCUCUCAACAAUGUCGGUGCAAAUAAAAAUUAUGAAAAUAAUAAAAAAAACUAUAUAAAAAAUAAUAAAUCUAGUAACAACCAAAAUUGUAGCAACUCAGAACAACACGAUAAAGAAACAAAAAAAUUCUACAUCAUAGACCUAAGCAUAUUAAAAGAAGAAGAAUUAAAUAAAUAUAAAAAAAAAUAUAAUAAUAGCAAACUUGAUUUGAAAGAAAUAUUAAAAAACAAAUUAGAAAAUAUAGAAUUGAAAAAAUUAUUACACCAUUUUAAUUUUACACAUAUUAAUGGAAAUUUAAUAAAUAAUUAUAUUAGUAAAAAAAAUAAACAACAUAUUAUAAUGUGUGAAACAUAUAAACCAUCUGAUAAGCAAUAUUUUGAUUUAACUGACUAUGACACAACUCCAGUAAAUCCUUUACAUGUUCAGGAAAAUAAAAAUUAUAUUAAAAAUUAUGAAAAAAGUGCUGAAGAAAUAAAAAAAUUGGAAAAUUUGCUUAUUACAGAAAGUAACAAACAUGGAAAAAAUGAAAACACUGGAAUUUCUAAUAAUAUUAAUGGUAAUGGAAAUAAAGGAAUAAACAAUGAAGUAACAAAAAAAGGAAAAAAAAACUCCAAAAAUGAACAAAGUGAUGAUAAAAAUAAGAAAAAAAUAAAAGGUUAUUUUGUAUUUCAUCAAAAAGAAGGACAAAAAAAUACUGAUAAAAUAUCUUCCAUAUUAGAAGAUAAAUUUGAAAGUAUUUUGAAAAAUGCAAAUUUUGAUGAAAAAUUUAUUUAUAAUUUUUAUCAGGGUCUACAAUUAUUAAAUGAUCAACUAUGUAAUAAAUCUACAGAACAAAAUUGUAUAAAUGAAAAUAAUAAUGUAUGCCACAGUUUAAUAAACAAAAAUAUGAUAACUAAAACAGUAAAUACAAUCAAUGAUAUAAUAAAAAAAUAUAAUAUAAAUGGAAUAAAGAGCAUUUUAAUAAAAAGCGGGUAUGAUUUACAUAAAUUUUACACAGGAAUAGAUUUAAUAUUUUUAUUUUUGUCAAAAAUAAAAGGAGUAAAUAUAAAUUUUAUGAACGAAAAUAAUUAUACAAAUAAUCAAAAUAUAUAUGAAAUUAUUCUAAAUAAAAUUAAAGAUAUAAAUUAUGAAAAAAUAAAAAGAGAAUAUCAAUGCCUAGAUUAUAUAUUACAAACAUUUGAAUAUAUAGAUGAAACAUAUAUAUAUAUAAAAUAUAAAGAUCUUUUUGAUUUCACCCAUUUUAUUUUUACAUUACAAAAUCUUGGCAUUGAUCAAAAUACAGAUAUAACAUAUGAUAUAUUUAACUUAUUUUUCGAUGUAUUAAAUAAUUUAUUUUGUUAUGGACUCGGAAUAGUAAAUAAUUUUAAUGAAAAUAAUAAAGAAAUAAUAAAAGUUAGCAGAUUAGAAGCAUUUUUUGACCAAGUACAUAAAUAUACAGGGUCUUUAUUAAUAAUAGAUAAAUCAUUUGCUCCAAAUAAUGAGUUAUAUACAUUUAUUCAAUAUAAUUCAUAUUUUUGGUAUAUUUUAUACAAACAAUAUGAUAUGUUCUUGUCAUAUUAUGAUCAGAAAAAUCACUGCCAAAUAUUUAAUGCUUUUCUUUUCCACUUUUUAAAUUAUGUUUUUAAUUUCCCUAUGGACAAUUUUUUUAAAAUAGAUAAUAAAUUAAGUAAUAAAAAUGAGUUAUUAGUUAAAAGUAUAUUUAAAAAAUGUUUAUUUUUAGAAAAUGAUAGAGACAUUUAUUUAUUUAAAAUCAUGUUUUCUUUUUUAUUACAAGAUCAAAAUCAUUUUUACAAUUAUUAUUAUAAUACUGAAAUAUCUCUAUUUAUUUUUAACGCAAUUAUAUCUUUAAAUAACUUUUAUUUUAAUAUGAAUAAGUCGCAUUUAUUUUCUUCAAAUUUUACAAAAUUAAACGAUUAUGAAUAUGAAUAUGAUAAAAACUCAGAAAAUUUAACUGAAUCCGUUUUGGCUGUUUCGAAAGAAAACAAAGAAUGUAUAGAAAAUUCCGAAGAGGAACAAUGUGUAGAUACAAAAAAAAAAACUCAAGAAAAAGUUAACACAUUUGAAAAUUAUGAAAAUAGUGGAGAUGAUGAAUGUGAGGAUGAAGAUGACGAACCCGUUAGUUACAACUUAGUAUACUUAUUAAAUAAUAUAGAAAAAAAUUUUGAAAGUUUGAAAUCUGUAAUAAAUUUUUAUUCGGCAAAUAAUACGAUAUAUUUUAAUAACACUAUAAGAAAUUUAAGUUUGAUAAUAAAUAGUGAUAACAAAAAUAAUAAUACAGUAAAAUAUCAAAGUCCUAAUAUUAUUAAUAAUAAUAAUAUGUAUUAUGCUUCAUAUAAUAAUCCUAUAAUUAACAUAAACCCUGAUUACAAUGAUUUAAUAACUAUCUAUUUAACAAGCUUAUAUAAUUAUAAUGAAAAUUUUAGAAACAUUAAUAAUUUAUUCUAUAUAUAUAGCAAUUUCUUUUACAAUUUUCAUAAUAUGUUUUUAUUUAUAAAUAAAAAAAAUGAUUUAUUUUAUUCCUUUUUCAAAAUCAGAUUUAAAAGACAUAACUCUAAAGAUAUGGAGGAUUUAAUUAUUAGCUUCGAUAAGUUAUGUAAUUCAAAUAAAACAGAAACAAAUUAUGAAAAAUUGAGAGGACAUAAUACAUUAGAAAAUAAGCCAAAUAAAAAAGGUGGAACUACAUAUAUAUAUCUAAAUAAUCAAAAUACUGAAAAAAAAAUUAAAAAUUAUGAAUAUGCUAUACACAAUUGUGUAAGUGAAUUUUUCUAUACAUAUGAUGAUAUUGUUUAUGAUAUGAAUGCAACUGGAAAUAUUUCAUAUUAUUUUAAGGAAGGUAAUGCAUAUUUAUAUUUUGAUAAUGAUAAAGACAUAGGAUAUCAUCAAGAAAGAGAAAAUCAUUUUUUUAAAAUUAAUGCCAUUGAAAGGGACAAAAUAGAUGAUAUAGAUAAAAGAGUUGAAAAAGUUUUGAAAUAUCAAAAAUAUAAUAAGCUUAAAAAUGAUUCAAUUGAUUUAAAUCCAAAUACUAAAGAUAUCUCGACUUUAUAUAAAAAUAAAAAUAAUAAUAACAAUAAUAAAAGAAAAAAAAAUGAAAAAAAUGAAAAUUAUUAUCAAGAAUCAGAAUUGGAAAAAGAUUUAAUGAAUAUACAAUUUAAAAAAAAUGAUGUUAUUGAAAAAUAUUUUCCUUAUUUUUUUUAUUUAAGCCCAUCAAUGUAUAAAAACAAUAUUUCAAGUACCUCUCUAAAUACAACUUACCCCUUAGACAAUAUACAAAAUUAUUCUAACCCAAUCGAUUCUUCUUCUAAUAUAAACUAUAUACAUUUUGGAGACAGAUCGAAUCAUAAUUAUGCUAGCAAUAAUAACGAAGAAAAUGAUAAUGAAAACAAUGUGAAAUAUAAUAAUUAUAUAAAUAGUAUUGAAUCUAAUAUUGGAAAAUAUGACAAAAUAAAUGUGAUUGAAAAUAUUGAGAUAACCAAUAAUAACGAACACAAAAUUGAGCAUAUGAAUGAUCACAAUUUAGAUAAUAGUCACAUUACUAAAAAGAACAAUUUUACUAAAAUUGGAAUUAAAACAAAUAAUUAUGUCCAUGGAGAUAUAUCAAAAAAAUAUUUUUACAUAUCAAUAUUAUUUAAUGUCGAUUUUUUUAAUGUAAGAGGAAUACAUAUAGAAAAUACAAUAAUAUCUGAUAGAACAUUUUUAGUAAGUAAAGUUAUAAAAGAUACAAAAGGGAGAUUAUUAACUGUUAAGGUAUUUCAUAUUUAUAACAUUUUUUCCAAAAUGAUUGAAUUAUAUUAUGCAAAUAUAGAAAGUAGUAAAAAAGAAGAAAGUAUUUUAAAUGAUUUUUAUUAUAAAUCAGAUGAAGAAUUUUAUUAUAAAAUGAAAAUGAAUCCAUCUUAUUUCUUUUUAUUAUAUGCUAUUAAAAAGGAUUAUGAUAAAAAAAAUAAAAAUAAAUUAAUUUUUAUGAAUGUUAAUUCCGAAUUGGAAGCUUAUAUUGAAGAUAAAAAAGAUAACCAUUAUAAAACAGAUCUAACUAUACUUUUAAUACCUAUAUCUCCUCAAACAAUAUUUGGCAAACCCAAUGCAAAUCUUAGUAUGUUUAAUGACAGUGAUUAUCCAUUAAUAACUUUUAAAUUUAUGACUGAAAUAUAUGAGCUUGUUUGUAUAGGAAUAAUUGUAUGUCAAUCAAAGCUGUUUCUUCAAGAUUACAUACUAAACUGGUUUAUACCAAAAGUUAAGGAGAGAAAACUUAUAAAAGAUGAUAUUGAUAUUAAAUUGGAUGAUAUAAAUGUUUAUGAAGAGUCUGAAUUAUACUGCUUGGAAAAAAUAAGAAAAUUUUCAUGUAGUAUAAAAAAAAUAUUAAAGAAGCAUAACGGUACAAUUGUUAUUCAAGUAAAUAAAUGUAUUAAUACAAACAAAAUUAAUAUAAAAUGUAUUGAACAUACAAAAUUAAAUAAAAAUUUUUAUUGUUCUAUUUGCAAAAGUAAUUAUAUAUGUGUGUGUCAUAAAAAUAAAAAACAAGAACUCAGGAGAAAAAUGAAUUAUUUAAAAUGUCAUGAUGUAUUAUAUAAAACAAUAAAAAAAAAAUAUAGUGAAAUAAUCAAUGAUAAUACAAAAUGUGAAGAUAAUGAAAUUGACACUCUUUCUGAUCAAUCCAAUCAUGAUGAAAUAAAUACUGUUAUUUCAAGUCAUAAUGAAAAAGAUAAAAUCAAAGAAGAAAUCAAUAUUCAACAAAAUAAAUUUGAAAAUAAAUUUCUUAUAAAUAAAGAUCAACAAUCAUUUUAUAAACUUUGUGAACAUCUUGAUAUAUUAAAUGAAUUAAAUCCGUAUGAACAUUCAUAUAGAUCGUCCAAUAGUUCAAUAUUAUGUAUAUCCAGUGACAGUAGUAUAUCAAACAUUUCUGAAGAUGACAAUAAAUGUUUGGAUGAAAUUGAAAAUACUUGUUCAUACUAUAUUAACAAUAUAUCAAAAAAAAAUAUUAUUGACAAUACAAUUAAUUAUGAUGUAUAUAAAUUUAACAACAUAAAGUCAAACAUGAAAAUCCCAUAUAAAGAGUCCCUAACUACUCCUAAUAAUGUAAACCCUUAUAAAAUAAAUUAUUUGCCACAUAUUAAUGAUAAAGAAAAAAAUUAUAUUGAAGAAAUUAUUUUACAAGAAUUUAACAAGUUGGGAAAAGAAGGCUCUCAAAAUAUUGAUAAUUCUUAUAAGCAAAAUAUUAAAAGUGUUAAUAAUGAAAAUAGUAAAGAAGAUAAUCAAAAUGAUCUUUCUCAGUUCCACGAUCAAACCGAAAAUGUUGAGGGAAAUUAUAAAAGCUGUAAACAUAACACCCCAAUAAAUGUGGAUGAAAUAUUUAAAGGCAAAGAUGUGGGUAAUAUCCCAAAUAUUAACAUGUCUAAAAAUAUUAACAAUGCAGAAACUGAACAAGAACAAAAAAACGCAUAUAUCAACGAUCCAGUUGUGCAAACAACAGAUCAAUUCAAUGCGGCUGAAAAAUCUCCAAAGAAUAAAAAAAAAAAGAAAAAGUAUGAAAAAUAUGACGAAGAAAAGGAAGAAAAGCAUAACGAAACGAAUAUUUUAACUCAAUCCAAUAGCGCCAAAUUAAACGAAAAUGUUAAAUCGAAAAGUGUUAGCAACCUUGUAAAGAAGGAUAACCUAAAAAUAACAACUAAUGAAAAUACAAGUGCAAAUAAAAAGAAAAACGAACAAGAAUCAAAGAAUAAUUAUGAAACCAAUAAUAAGGAUAAUGAUAUUAACGACAAAAAUGAUAAUAGCCCAAAAAGUAAUAAAAGUAAAAGUGGAGAUGGCAAUAAAAGUGGAAAAAAUAAUAAUGAAAGCGAUGAAAAUAGUGACAAUAAAAAGAAAAAUGAAGAUUGUAAUAAAAAAAGUAAAAAGAAUAAAAAAAACAAAAAUAAAAAUAAAAAAACAAAUGAAAGUGAAGAUAGUAAAGAUGGAAAAGUUAAUAACGACAUGAAUAAGACAAAUACAGAGGAAAAUAAUAAGCAAAAUUUCAAUGAUCUAAAUGAAAUUAUAAAUAAUUAUUUUUGUAAACCUGUUACAGAUUAUAUAAAAAAUUGUGAUAAAAUAGAAUUACUUGCAUCCUAUAUUUAUAAUGAAUUAAUUGAAAUAACAAAAAAAAAAAUAAAAAAAAAUGCAAUAAAAGUAGAAAAUAUUUCAAAUGAUGGAUAUUUAGCAAUUGGUGAAGAAUUUCUAAAUGUAAUGAAUAAAAUAAUUCUAAUUAUAAAUUUAAAAUUUAAUGAUGAUGGAGCAAUAAAAAAAUAUGACGAUUUAAAAAAUCAUGAUGACAAUAAUAACAAAACUAAAACUGAAGGGUAUGAUUAUCAAAAUGAGACAGAAAACAUAGAGUUUGAAAAAUAUAAUAUAUAUAAUAAUGAAAAUGUGAUAAAAUUUAUAAAUUUGUUGAAAAAAAAAAUAAUUUUCAAAAUUUUAUUCCCAGAUAUACCUAGUGAUAAAAAUAAAAAUAAAAAUAAAAAAAAUAUAAAAAAAAAAAAACAAGUCGAUGUUAAAUAUGUAUAUGAUGUAUUUAAAAGAGAUUGCACAUUUUAUGAUAAAAUAUUAAUAUUAAUACAACACAUAUUAGAUAUAAAUAUGAGGACAAACAUAUUCUUAUUUGUUUACUUAUUUGUGGGAAAAUAUUUAUCUUUUAUUGAUUUAGAUAUCAUUUUAAAUAUUAUGAUUAAUUAUAAUGAAUAUAUAUAUUAUAACAAAGUCAAUAUAGAAAAUUCACUUUUUAAUGAAAUGUCUAAUAACUUCAUAUAUGACAUAGAAUAUAAUAAUUCAGAAUUACAAAUAUUAUCAAAUUUUGAAACAAAAAAUAAAAACAUAAAACUGGAAUCAAAUAAAGAAUCUAUAACAGGAGAUGAACAUAAUACAUUUAAUGUAGAAAAAAAAAUGAAAAAGAAAAAUAGUGAUGAAGAUAAUGGACCAGAUGAUGAAUUAGUGGAUAUAAACAUAAGUAGAAUAAUUUAUUUUUUAAUCUUAAUUAGUAAUAAAAAAAUAAUUAAUGAACUAACUAAUGAAAAAAUUGUUUUUAAAGAAACUGGAAAUAAAUUAUACUUAGAAAUAAAUAAAAAAUAUUAUGAAAAUUUAAAUACUGAUUAUAUUAAAAUGAUAAAAGAAAGUUUUGUAAAAGAUUUAAAAGAAAAUUAUGUUAUAGAUUUAAAAUUUUUAGAAACAAUUACACUGAAUAAUAUAAUAAAUAAGGAAAACGAAUCAUAUACACAAUUGUAUGUUGCAAACAAUUUGAAUAAUUUAGAAAUUAAAAAUAUUUAUAAUAAUGCUAGUGAUUUAAACAAAAAUGUGGAUAUAGAUGAUAAUCGAAUCAAAUAUGAAAAUGAAGAAAACAAAAAAGAUAGAUUAUUAAAUUCUUAUGAAAAAAACAAUAUAUCAACAAUUACUGAUUCAGAUUUAUAUAAUGAAAAUACUUUAAAAAAAUAUAUGAUAAUAUAUAAUUAUAUUAAAUUUAAAUUAAGUUUUAAAAUAGCUAUAAAAAAAAUAAAUACACUAAAAGAUCAAGUUUCUUUUUAUUCACUAGUUUUUAGACAUUGUACUUCUAUAAUAAACACAUUACAUAAUAUUUAUGUUACAAAAAAUAAUCAGAAAAAAUUAUCAAUUCCAAAUAUUUCUAUAAAUUGUAAAAAUUUGUUUGAUGUUAAUAUUAAUGAUAUCAUUAAAUUAAAAGAAAUAUAUGAAAAAUAUGUUAAAUAUAAUAAUAAAAAAAAUAUUUUAAAAGAUUUAUACUUAAUCAAAGGAAUGGAUAAUAUAUUAUUAAUUAAUCCACAUAAUAAUGAAAAAACAGCUUUUAUUCUUGAUUUAUUUCUAAACUCAGAUUUAGGAAUUUCCUACAAAAAUAUUAUCAACAAUUUUAAUACCACAAAUGAUCAAAAUUUCGAUUCAAACAUUUUUAUAAAUUCUACAAAUCUUUUAAAUAGUAAUGCUAGAAAAUCACAUCUAAAAAUAACAGAAUCAAAUAUUAUGACAUAUAAUAAAGAAAAUAAAAUUAAUACAUCUAAAACUAGCAUGUCGAUUCCUGAGAAUAAUAUAAAUGAAAUCUAUUUAUUAUCAAAUAAUGAAAAUAUUCUAAAUGAUAAAAAACUUGGAAUCAAAAAUGUUAUUACGUCUACAAUGUAUGAUCAAACAAGUAUUAAUAAAAACGAAUCACAUUAUAAACAACUCAAUCCAUCAAAUUCUGGACGGAAUGCAUCUAUACCAUUAACAAAUUGUGGAAAAAAUAACAACAUUUUAAUUGAAGGAAAUAUUAAUGAUACAUCUAUAGAAUUAGAUGAAGUGCUAACAAAUGAAAUGAUUACAAAUCGAAAAAUGACUGGACAAUUAGAAAAUGGUAAAUAUAUGAAAAAAAAUAUUUUACCUUCUAUUAGUUAUAAAAGUGGAACAGAAAUUGUAACAACAAAAGGAGAUGAUAUAAAUUUAAAUAAUAUGAUAAAUGAUGAAUCAGUAUCAAACAAAUAUAUAAAAAAUAAGUUCAAAAGAAUAUAUAAUAAAGAUAUUCCAUAUAUAUGCAAUGAAGGAAAAACUUGGAUGGUUAUUUAUAAACCCGCAUAUUAUCAUUGCUCAGCAUAUACGUCCCAUAAUAGAUAUAAUUUUUUAGUAAAUAUUAAUAAGUAUAGCGAUUAUUUUUAUAAUAUAUUAGAAAAAAUAUGUAUAAAAUGUAAAAUAAAAACCAAAUUUAUGUGUGCUCCAUGCAAAGAAAUGGAAAAUAUUUGUAAUAAAUGUGAAAAUGUAAUAUCAAAAUUAUGCUCUAAAUGUAAUUUAUUAAUAAAAAAAAAUAGAGACGUAUUUAAAAUUAUUAAUAAUAUAUCAUUAAAUGAUGUUAUAUAUAGUGGACGAGUUGAAUCUUUUCAUUUAUUUAUGAUGAAAUCUUUCCCAAAUUUAGAAACUGUAAAAAAAUGGCAUAAAUUAGAAUGUGGAUUAUGUCAUAGAAUCGAUUUAGAAACAUCUGGAAGUUUAAUUAUUGCUAAAACAAAAGAUGCCAGAGAUUUCCUUUUUGAUCAAUUUAGAAAAAGAAAUGUAUAUAAAGAAUACAUCUUACUAUGUCAUGGUCGAAUUAAAAAGAAAAAAGGAUUUAUUAAUAAAUCAAUACAAACUCAUGAAUAUAACAACUUUCAUAGUAAAAGCCAUUUUAGUUUAGUAGUUAAAACUGGUGGAACAGAUGCUUAUACAGAAUAUAAUUGUGUUAAAAUAUAUAAAUUAAAAAGAAAUAUUCAAGAUAUCAUAAAAGAAGUAAUGGAUGGAAAAUAUAAUUGUAAUAGUACUAUAAAAAAAGAUAUAAACAAAGAAAUAUAUUGUAAUGAUUAUUAUAAAUUUCUAGAUGAAAAUAAAAAAAAUCUUAACAAAAUUGUGCAAAGAUGGGUUGCUACAGAACCAUCUAAUAAUCACAUUAAUAUUGAUAAUAAUAUAGAAAUGGAUGGGAAAUUUGUUUAUCCUUAUUAUUAUGGUCAAGAUGAUGAUAACUCAGAUUCUUUACAAACUACCAUAAAAAUUAUUGCAAACUAUAAUUCGGACUCUCAAUUAGUUGAAUAUCGAAAAAUAAAAAAAAAAAAACAAAGAAUUAAAUUUCAAAAAGAAAUACGAAAGCUUAUCAAAAACCGAGAAAAAAAUAAUCCAAAUACAGAUGUAAAACAAGACUACAUAAACUCAGAAAAUAUUUUUGACAUUUUUGAUACUGAUAAUGAAGAUGAUGAAAAUGAUGAAGAUAAUGAAAAAGAAGAAGAAUCAUGUUAUAAAAAUUUAUCAAAAAAAAAAAAAUUGUUACGAAAACUAAGUCUUUUAAAAUAUAAUAAUAAAAAAGAUAAAAUCAUUUAUGGUUAUACAUCCUCUAUAAAUAGAAAAGUUUGUCAUCAUUUAUGCUUUAGAUGUAAUUCAAUAUCUGACGAAUAUUUUUAUACUGAUCCUAAAGAUAUAGAAACAUAUACUAAAGAAUUUACUUUAUGUAAUGUUAAGAUACACACUGGCCGAACUCAUCAAAUCCGUGUGCAUAUGAGGCAUAUCGGCCAUCCAUUAGUUUCAGAUAAAAAAUAUUUAAAUUCAUCUUUGAGCAAUUUAGAUAAAUUUUGGUGUUUUAGAAUGUUUUUACAUUCCAUUAUUCUUGAAUUUAAUAAUCCAGAUUAUUAUUUUUAUAAUUUAAAUGAUGAUAUUUCAAAAAAAAGAACUAAAAAAAAUAUUCCUUCUAAUAAUAAUUCAUAUAAAAUACCAGAAAGAAGUGUUAAAGCGAUAUGUCCACUUGCUUGUGAUUUACAAACAGCACUUAACCAUGAAUUACAAAUUGUUGAUGUUUUAGAAGAUGAAAAUACAUAUAUUAAUAAAAUACUUAAAAUGAAUAUUAAUGAUAAAAGAAGUGAAGCUAUGAAAAAUGCCAAACCAAUUAUAGAAAUACACAAAAUGAAUAAUGUAAUAUUUGGAGCUGAUGAUAAUAGAAAUUUGUCAAUGGAACUUAUUAAAGAUAAACAACAAAAUCAACAACAAAGCGAAGAAAUCGAAACAGAUUUUAACAAAUCAAAAGACCUUAUACCUAAACAAGCAUACACAAAAGAUGAAUAUCAACCAUAUUAUGAAAAUAGUGAUGAAUAUGAACAUGAUCAAGAUUUUGAUACUUUUGAUGAUGAAGUGUUCAGAGAAAAUGAAGAGGAAGAAGAAGAAGAAAAUGAAAAUGAAAAUGAAGAGGAAGAAGAAGAAGAAAAUGAAAAUGAAAAUGAAAAUGAAAAUGAAGAGGAUGAAGAAGAUAAGAUCGACCAUAAAAAAUAUGCUGAACAAACUGAGAAAAAUAAAAAAGUGAAAAAUAUUAAAGAAAAUAUAUUUCUAGAUGUAAACAAAAACCAAACGAACAAACUACUAAAAUCUGAUAAAAAUAUAAAAGAAAAAAAAAUAACAAAAGUAUCUCCAGAAAAUACGCCAAUAAUUUCAACAAAUGAAAUAAAACUUGAACAAGAUAAUAAAAAUGAUAAAUUGGUAAAACGAUUUGAAAAUGAUGAUGAUAAUAGUCUUAAUGACGAAGAAAUACAUAAAUCACUUUAUUUAGAUGCAGUAGAUAUUCAUAAUAGUAAUAAUAAAAAAUACAUUUUGAAGGUAAAUCAUGAUAAUUUUUUCAAAAGUAGAAAUAAAUCAAAAGAAAAACACAAAAAUAGUAAUCCUGGAAAAAAAAAAGAAAAUAAUGAACAAGCAUGUAAAAAUAAUUAUAAUGAUAGUGAAAUAGAUGGAAAAACAGAUUUUAGUUUUUUAAUAAACGAAAUAAAAAUAGUUUUAGAAAACAUAAUAAUGAAUAGCAUUGCUUUUAAAAUAAUUUCUUAUCUAUUCAAAUUAAAAGAAGCAUUAUUCUGUAUAUUAAAUGUAUUUGGUAAAGAUAUAAAAAAAAAAAAACAAAAAAAAAAUAUUAUUAAAAUUAAUUUAAUAGAAUUGUUUAAAAAAAAUAAAGAAAAAAAAAUCUCAAACGAUUUUAUAUAUGAAAUAGCAUUAUGUAUUAGCCAUUUUUUUAAAAAUAAUAAUAUACACAUUAAAAAAAGAAAAGAAGAAUUUAUUAUAUAUACACAACAAAAAAAUAUUAAAAAUUUAAAUAAACAUAUAAAUAAUGUAACUAAUCCUGAACAACUCAACACUUCAUCACCCCAUAUACCAAACAUUAACAAAAAUAUUAUUAUAGAAAAAUUUUAUAAUAUUUUAUAUAAUAUGAAUUAUUUCCUAAAAGAAUACGGAAUCAAUACAAAUUCAAAUGUAAAAAAACAAAUAAUAGAUAAAAUUAAAAUCGUAUAUUUACAAAUUACUAAUGUCUUUGUUAUUAUUAUUAAAACAUUAAAUGGAAAAAUACACAUAAAUGAUCAUUUUGAAAUAAAUAAAACAACUCCUUUAAAUAAAAUCGAUCUAUUCUUCUUACUAUACAAAUUGUAUGAACAAAAAAAAAAUGAAUUAGAAAAUAAUAAGAAAAAGAAAAAAAAUUCAAAAAAAAAAUUCAAAAAUAAAAUAACUAAUGAACAAAAUGAAUUAAUGGAAGAAAUUAAAAAAAAUAUACUUAAAAUUUAUUACAUGAAUUAUAAUGAAAAUAUUUUCAAAAAAAAUAACAUAUAUUUUGAUUAUAAAAGACAAGACAUAUUAGAGGAAAUAAAUGUUGAAAAUAUAAACUAUGAUAAUAAAUCUAUAAAAGAAAAUGAAAUUAAUAUUAUUGGCGAAUAUUCCAAUUUUCAUAAUAAUCAAAUUGAUAUUAUAAAGAAUUAUAAUUUGAUGGAUAAAUCAAUAAACAUGACAAAUAUAAAUAAACAAUUAGAAUUAAAAAAAAAUAUAAUAUUUACUCCACCCAAUCAAGACAAAUGUAAUACAUUAUUACAUAUAUAUUCUUGUAACGAUAAUAAAAAUGAAAAUACAAAUGUUAAUAAUUCAAUCUUAAUCAAUCAAACUAACAACAAUAUAAAUACUGAUCAAAUAAAACUUGACAUAUAUGAUGCUACUAAAAUGAAUUAUCAAAGAAUGAGCGAAAGAUAUAAAACUAAUUUAAAAAUUCCACAAAUCAUGUUAAAUGAAAAUAAAGAAAAUAUAAAUACGAGAAGUAAUCCUUUAUUUGAGAGUCAAAAUAGUAAUAGUUGUAUUGACAUUGAUGAAAAUAACUUUAUGAAUAAUAAUAAUAACGGAAUUGGAAAUCGAAUUAAAAGUUAUUCUUAUAACAAUAUAGACAACAAUAUAUCACAAGCAUAUAUAAAUAGCACAAGACAAUCUAUAAAUAACAAUUACUAUAAAAUAGAAAAUAUUCAAAAUAAAUUCUUAGAUAUUGAUAAUGAAAAAAAUAUUAUAAAUAUAAAAAAUUUUGCUAAUAUAAAUGAAAAUAAAAAAUUAUUUAACAUUCCUAAUGAAAGCUUUGUAGAUGCAUAUACAAAAAGAAGUUCAAAUGAUAUGUUUAUAAAUAAAGGAAAUAAUACAAUUAUAAUGAAUACUGGAAAAGCCAAUAUGGUAAUAACGGGAAAUGAAACUAAUUCCUUGACAAAAAUACAAGAUAUGGAUUACAGAUUGAAUGAAAUGAAUAUAGAUGGAACUUCAAAUGUAGAAGAAAAUGUGUAUAAAAAUUUUGUCAAUGAAAUUGAAGAAAUAAAAAUAGAAACAAAAAAAUGUGAAGAAAAUUAUGAAAAAGAAAUGUUGGAAAUUAAAAAAAUUAAAAAUGAAAUAAAAUAUAUUAAAGAAAAUAAAACAAAUGAGGAAAUAUGUCAAAAAUUUGCAGAUAUAAAUAUAAAUAAUUUUACUGUUAUAUUAUUAAAUUCAUAUAAAAUAUAUGGCUUAAAUCUUUUUAUAAAACUAUUAGUAUAUGAUAAUAAUAUCCCUCAUUUUAAUGAAUUUAAAAAACAAGAUCAAACAAAUAUUGAAUUUUUUAUAAACAUAUCUAUUGAUAAAAUAUUUGAUCAUUUAUUAUUAAAUAAUACAAUUUCGAAUAUUAAUAUUAAAAAAUUAAAAGAAAAAUUUAUACAAGGGCAACCAGCUUUUGAAUCUAUUCGAAAUGAUGCAUGUAAACUAAUUGAAGAAAAUAUUAAAGAUCAAAAUUUUAUAUAUAUAUUCUGGAGGCAUGUAUAUAUACAUGAUAUAUAUGAAAGAAAACAAAUUAUUUAUGAUUUUCUAAUUAAGCUUAUAGAUAAAACUAUUGAAAAAUAUAUAAUUGUUGAAUAUAUAAAUAUAAGACGAAAUGAUAUAUAUGAACAAAUGUAUAACUUAUUAAAUAAAAAUAAAAAUGACACAAAUAAUAUAAAUCACAUUUCUUUUAAUCCACAAUAUAAUGAUACUAUAAAUUCAGAUCAAGUAUUGUCUCAUAACACUCUUAUUUAUAAUAAUAAUAAUAACAACAGUAAUAAUAAUAACAAUAGUAAUGAUAACAAUAGUAAUAAUAAUAAUAGUAAUAAUAAUAAUAGUAAUAAUAAUAGUAAUAAUAAUAGUAAUAGUAAUAAUAAUAAUAGUAAUAGUAAUAAUAAUAAUAGUAAUAAUAAUAGUAAUAAUAAUAGUAAUAAUAAUAGUAAUAAUAAUAAUAGUAAUAGUAAUAAUAAUAAUAGGAAUAAUAAUAAAUCGAAUAUAACCCCUCAUAAUAUAUUUCAAAAGCUUUCAGCACAUAACAUAAGAAUUGAUAGCAAUAAUUCAAAUGUUCUACAUAAUCUAAAUCUAAAAAACGUUAGAGAUGUUAAAUUAGAUGAACGAGAGCAAAUCCCAAAUUUUUAUUUUUCAAACGAAUUUAAUUUAGAAAAAAAAAACAAAGAAAAUAUGAUUUCUAGUAAUAAUAAAAUAAAUGAAAACAAUUUUUUUAUUAAAGGAAACUACAACCCUAACAUCAAUAAUCUCCUUUUUGAAAAUUAUAAUUUAGAUAAAAUAAAUAAUUAUUAUGAUUCAACAAAUGUUAAAGGAAGGAAUUAUCGUGAAUCUGUAGAUACUAAAGAUAUAAAUUAUCAUUCCAUGUCAUAUCAUAAUAUUAUUCAAGUUGAUAAAUCAUGUUCAAAUAUAUUUAACGAAAAUAGAGAUGAAACUCAAAAUAACAUAUAUAAUAAAACCCAUAGUAGUAGUAAUAAUAAUAAUAGAUUGGUGUAUGCUUCUAAAAAUAUAGAAGAUAUGACUAGAAGCAUAAGUAAUCAUAACUUUUUUGACAAAAAUAAAUUAAAAAAUAUCGAACCAUUUAACAAUACAACAAAUUCAAUAUAUCUAAAAAAUAAAUUUAGAAACGAAGCAAAUGGUAUACGAAUAAAUAACAAUUUAAAAACAAAUUCAUUUAGUGCAUAUAAUAUGAAUUAUUAUAUUCAUAAUAAUCAACAAAAUGAAGAAAAACAUAAUAUUAUGAAUAAUAAUAAAAAUAUAGAUCCUAAUUCAAAUUUUAUCAAAUCCAAUUAUAUAAAUGAUGAAAACAUUGAACCCAUACAUCAUUAUUUAAGCUCAUCUGCUGAUGUAACUCCCAAAGGUGAAAAUAAUAUUAUAAAUGAGCAUAUGAAUAAUAAUAAAAUAGAAAAAUAUAAUAAUAGACAAAUGUUUUUAGAUAAUUAUAAAUCAUCAAUACAACAUUAUUUUAGUAACAAUAUAAGAGAUUCAAACUUGUUAAAGAAAGGAAACCAACACGAAAAUAUAUCGAAUGAUAUAAAUAAUUUAUUAAUAAAAAAAAAAAAUCAAUGUAUAUUUUAUGACAAUAAUGUUAAAUCAAACGAAGAAAAUAUAGGUGAAAAAAAUGGUAAUAAUAAUGAUGAUGCCCAAUUUAUUGAUAAACAUCUAACCGUUGAUACUGAACAUGCAACAACCAUUUUAGAAAAUAAUAUUAAAAAUAAUUAUUCAAAAAAACUUAAAAGUAUUAUGUCAAAUAUAUUGUUUAAAAAUAAUAUAGAUAAAACAAUAGAUGAUGACCACCCUAAUGCUACAAAUAGCGUAAUAAAUAAUUUUGAUAUAUUAGGAUGCAGAAAUUUUGAUGAUUUCAAAAAAAUAAAUGAAAAUGAUGAUAUUAUGGAUUCAAAUCAAAAUGAAUACAAUAAAAAUAAAAUAACUGAUAAUCAUUCAAAUAUUAAUAAAAAUGGAGCUACAGAUCCAAAUGAUAAGUGCUUAGAAUUGUUCAACAGUAUAACUAGCCAUUUCACAUUAUCAAAUAAUUUAAUAAAUAAAAAAAAUAAUAUAGCUAGCGACUAUAAAGAUAUUGGAGACGAAAAGAAAGAAAUUAUAUUAAGUAAUAACACUGAUACUAAUAUUAACUCUGAUAUUUUAAUGCAAUAUAAUAGAUUAUAUAAAGGAAAUGAAAAAUUAGUUAGACAAAAUAGUGUUGAAAGGAAUAUAGAAACACGUGGACAAAAUAUUUCUAUGGCUAGCUAUAUCGAAAAUAAUAAUAGUAAUAAUAUGAACAUGGUCAGGCGAAAUGGAAAUAAUAGUAACAAUAUCUUAAAUACUAACCCCACUAUUAAUAAUAUACACCAUUUUAAAUAUUCAAAUAUAUUUAAAAAUAAUGCUAAUUAUGAAAAUGAUAAUAUGAAAACUCCUAACGAAUCAAAUAUUAUGAACAUACUAGCCGAAUUAAAUAAUAGCCAAAAUAAUUCAAAAAAUAUACGAAAUGAAACAUCGAAUAUGGAGUCUUUACCACAUACUGUUGAUAAUUUGUCACACAUUAAUAAUAGAAAUUCUCAUACUAAUUUUGAUAUUUUAAAUAGAGAUAAUGCACAAAUAAUUCCAGAACAAAGAAAAAUAAACGAUAAUAUUAGAAAUUCUAAUGGCUCACCAAGGUCAAAUAUUAACAUGAACGAGUCAGGUAUUAUAAUGGAUGCAAUCGGAACAAAUCAUGCUAACUAUAAUAACAUAUAUGAUAAUAAUACUAAUUCAUAUAUUUUCAAAAAAAAUUUUGGAAUUAAUUCACAAACAAAUUUUGAAAAAGAAGAAAACCAACACAUAAAUGCUAAUGACCAUAUAAAACAAAGAAAUUUUAUACAAACUAAAGAUUUAAUAAACAGUGAUAAUAUAGGAAAUGGAAAUGAAAAUAUUAGAAGAAUACCAUGUAAUGAAAUAAAUAUAAAUAAUUUUAAUAGAAGUUUAAAUAAAGGACAUAUAAAUAAAUACACUAGUUCUUGUUCGGAUAUUAAAAAUAUAUACCAAGAAUAUGAUGAUUAUAUAAAUAAUAAAUAUGAGCAAAUAAAUUCUAAUCCCAUAACACAAAAAUAUUUAAGCAAAACUUUUUCUAAUUUAGAUGUAAUACACAAAUAUAAAGAUUCAGAUGAAGAUUCCCAUCAAAUACCAUGUAUGAUUGUAAACCAAAGAAAUGAAAUGAUAAAUACAAAUACAGAUAACAAUGAUAAUGAACAAAAUUAUAGAAACAAUAGCAGUAGCAGCCUUCACAGUAACAGUGGUUAUUCUUAUAUGAAUCAAAAAAAUAGUAAAAUAAACAUAACGCAAGAUGAAAACAUAUUAAAAACUCCAAUUGCAAAUAAUACUUUAUUUAACGGACCAAAUAACAACACACCAAAUAUGAACCAAAAUUUUGGUAUUAACAAUUUCCCACUAUAUAUGAAUAAAAAUAUGAUUGAUUUUAGUGUAAAUAAAAAUUUCGAUUUUAAAAAUAAUAAAGAUAUAUAUAUGAAUACUAAUGGACAUAUUUUUUUUCAAAAUCCAAACAAUGAUGUGAAUCCAAAUAGAUAUAUUGAUAUUAACUGUGGUAAUAACACCGUUUAUAAAAAAACAAACUCCAAUGUAAAUACAAAUUAUUUACCAUUUAAAGAUACACGAAUAGAUGCCCAUGACGAUUAUUUAUUAAGUAGACAAAUAUAUAAAGAUUUAAACAUACAAAAUGAAAAAAGUAUUAAUAACAAUAAAAAUACCCCCCUCCAUAAUUCUAAUUUAAAUUUGGUUACAAAUCCAAUUGAACAUGAUGAUAGAAACAAUAGUAGCACAAAAGUUGCUGAUGAAGAUGAAAAUAAAAAUGAACAAAACAAGUAA